CUGCAGGGAAGGGUGCUGGGCACGGCCAGCUGUUUGUGAUCUGGAUUUGAAAAGAAAAGAGAUGGCAGAGAAUAAUCCCAGCCCCCUUGCAGAUCACGGGAAAGGGACAUUCAAGAAAACAGGUGAGAAGGCAGCGACUGGGUGAGAAGGACUCCUUCUUGGACAGAUGAGACCGGGGGUGAAGCAGGAAUAACCCGUCCGCCUACCUACCCAGCAAGAAAACCUUUCUACGAACAGGAGCAGCCAAGCAGGACUGAGCACCCCCCCCCACAACAUCUUCCCGAAGAGGGGCGUGUGGGGCCUGACAGCUCAGCGGCGCAUGUCAGCAGCUCCAGCCCCGCGGUGAACAUCUGAACUCCUCAGCGGGGUAAUGGGCGCCCUCCUCCCCGCCGCCGGAGACACAGCCUGAGUGGCAGGAAUACCCAUUCUUUGGAGAGCGGCUCCCUCUCAGCUCUGUCACGCAAGAACGCUCUCUGUACCGGAGCCUAUUCUGCCAAGUGACUUAAAGGGAUUUAAAAAAAAAAUUGGUAAAGAAAAAGGGGUAAAAGCCACGCAGAAGGCUUUCAGAGGAGGCGGUGGCCAACAGACAAAAGGGCGAAAGUUGAACGAGGGCUGCGAGACCAUUCUUCUCCGGAUGGGUGCCAGGCCAUAGGGCAUGCCUGGGGAGCAGGGGCCCAGAACACCCUUGGGCUGUGCACGGGAGUCCCGGGGACUCCGGGGGCACCCCUGCAGGCCCCUCAUGAGAGCCCCUCACUCCGGAGGGGAGAAGCCAGCAGCGCCCGCAGCCUAGGGCACAGAGGAUGCUGCUCCGGACCCACAGCCAUUUUUGAACACAAGGAGCCCAGCAAGGUCUCCUCCCUGUGCCCCGGGCGCCGCUGGCACCACCCAACAACCAGGUCUGUGGUCCGCACGCCAAGUGCCAAGGCCAGCAGGCGGGCAUGUGAGCAAGGCCCGGGCCCACCUCGACCACAAGCACAGCAUCCAGAGUGGCGGGCUCCCAGGCUAUAGCGAAGGAGCGAUUUGCAUUCUCUGAAGUUCGGGACAUCCCGCUGCCCGGCACCGCCCAGACGGCCUACGCGGUGAGGUGAACUCGAGGUGUAGAGGCUGCAAGUCAGGUGGGGCCCAGCUCCCCCAGCUGUCCACCAUGGUGGUGGCACACCCCACUGCCACCGCCACCACCACACCCGCUGCCACCAUCACGGCCACUGUUGUGAUGACCACGGCCACCAUGGACCUGCGGGACUGGCUUUUCCUCUGCUAUGGGCUCAUCGCCUUCCUCACGGAGGUCAUUGACAGCACCACGUGCCCCUCGGUGUGCCGCUGUGACAAUGGCUUCAUCUACUGCAACGACCGGGGGCUCACCUCCAUCCCCGCCGACAUCCCGGAUGACGCCACCACCCUCUACCUGCAGAACAACCAGAUCAACAACGCCGGCAUCCCCCAGGACUUGAAGACCAAGGUCAAUGUGCAGGUCAUCUACCUGUACGAGAACGACCUGGACGAGUUCCCCGUCAACCUGCCCCGCUCCCUGCGGGAGCUGCACCUGCAGGACAACAACGUGCGCACCAUCGCCCGGGACUCACUGGCCCGCAUCCCACUGCUAGAGAAGCUGCACCUGGACGACAACUCCGUGUCCACCGUCAGCAUCGAGGAGGAUGCCUUCGCUGACAGCAAGCAGCUCAAGCUGCUCUUCCUGAGCAGGAACCACCUUAGCAGCAUCCCCUCGGGGCUGCCCCGCACGCUGGAGGAGCUGCGGCUGGACGACAACCGCAUCUCCACCAUCCCGCUGCACGCCUUCAAGGGCCUCAGCAGCCUCCGGCGCCUGGUGCUGGACGGCAACCUGCUGGCCAACCAGCGCAUCGCCGACGACACCUUCAGCCGCCUGCAGAACCUGACCGAGCUCUCGCUGGUGCGUAACUCACUGGCCGCCCCGCCCCUCAACCUGCCCAGCGCCCGCCUGCAGAAGCUCUACCUGCAAGACAAUGCCAUCAGCCACGUGCCCUACAACACGCUGGCCAAGAUGCGCGAGCUGGAGCGCCUGGACCUGUCCAACAACAACCUGACCACGCUGCCCCGUGGCCUGUUCGAUGACCUGGAGAACCUGGCCCAGCUGCUGCUCAGAAACAACCCCUGGUUCUGCGGCUGUAACCUUCUGUGGUUGCGCGACUGGGUGAAGGCGCGGGCGGCCGUGGUCAACGUACGUGGCCUCAUGUGCCAGGGCCCCGAGAAGGUCCGGGGCAUGGCCAUCAAGGACAUUACCAGCGAGAUGGACGAGUGCUUCGAAGCAGGGGUGCAGGGUGGCAUGGCCAAUGCCGCUGCCAAGACCACAGCCAGUGAUCAUGCCUCCGCCACCACGCCCCAGGGCUCGCUCUUCACCCUCAAGGCCAAGAGGCCGGGACUGCGCCUACCUGACUCCAACCUCGACUACCCCAUGGCCACGGGUGAUGGCACCAAAACACUGGUCAUCCACGUGAAGCCCCUGACAGCGGACUCCAUCCGCAUCACGUGGAAGGCCAUGCUCCCUGCCUCCUCCUUCCGGCUCAGCUGGCUGCGUCUGGGCCACAGCCCGGCCGUGGGCUCCAUCACGGAGACUCUCGUACAGGGGGACAAGACAGAGUACCUGCUGACAGCCCUCGAGCCCAAGUCCACCUAUAUCAUCUGCUUGGUCACCAUGGAGACCGGCAACACCUACGUAGCGGAUGAGACGCCCGUGUGUGCCAAGGCAGAGACGGCCGACAGCCACAGCCCCACCACCACGCUCAACCAGGAGCAGAGCGCCGACCCCAUGGCAGGCCUGCCCCUGGCGGGCAUCAUCAGUGGCGCUGUGGCCCUUGUCUUCCUCUUCCUGGUCCUGGGAGCCAUCUGCUGGUAUGUGCACCGAGCCAGCGACCUGCUGACCCGGGAGCGAGCCUACAACCGGGGCAACCGGAAAAAGGACGACUAUAUGGAGUCGGGGACCAAGAAGGAUAACUCCAUCCUGGAAAUUCGCGGCCCCGGGCUACAAAUGCUGCCCGUCAACCCUUACCGCGCCAAAGAGGAGUACGUGGUCCACACCAUCUUCCCCUCCAAUGGCAGCAGCCUUUGCAAGGGCACACACACCAUCGGCUACGGCACCACGCGGGGCUACCGGGACGGCGGCAUCCCUGACAUAGAUUACUCCUACACAUGAUGUCAGCGCCCAGCUCCUUCCUCCUCCUGGCAUGGCGGCCACGUGGCUUUGCCCAGCCUGCUGCCAUCUGACAGAGCAAGGAAAAGAAAUUCCACUAUGACUCUCCCAGCAGAAAGCAGUUUCGGGAGGGUUGACAAUUUUGUAGAACACAACAGUGGGGGAAAAAAAUUUUUUUUUAAAGAAUAGAAGGCAGGAGGGGGAUUUGACGUUACUGAAGACAUAAUUUAUACCAAAUGAUGCCAGGUGGGGAGGGAAAGACUAAAAAUAAUACUGCAGGAAGGGUUAGGUUGGAUUUUUUCUUCCCUGAACUGGAAAGAUACUACCUGUGCAACGCCUGUGUACGCCUUGUGCUCUGUGCAGGGCCAUCACAAAGGAACCGUUACAGAAGCAGCCGACGACACGUAGCCCCCACACAGCUCUCGCUGCUGGCUGCUCACUGGAGACGACAUGAUGGAAGGUUUUCAGGCUCCUCACAAAGGAGAAGGGAAGAAAAUAUCUUUUGCUAUGGAGAUAUUGUCCUGAAAUCUCUUCCUGGGUUCUUUCCAUGCCAUUUCCCUUACAGAUUUGCAGAAAUAGUGCGUCUUUCACUGCAUUCUUUGAAGAACGAUGUAGUCAAUUAAAAAACAAACUUUCUUUUUCCCACACUAAAGCCUUCCUCAGUUCCAUGCACCAUACUCUGUAAAAGUCCCAUGGAAGCUGUGGCUUUCCCAGCCACUUGGAGGUGCAUCUAUCUACCUGUCUACCUUUAUGUCGUGUCUCUAAAUACAGAUGGGUAGAUAGAGCCACAUAUAUGGUCCUUACAGUACUUUUGGGGUCAGUUCAUACAAUUUUCCUGAGACAACAGAGUUGCAAACAUGUUGCUUUCUCCUAGAAAUCAUUAAGUAGACAAAGUGUGUUGGGGAUGGAAGGUGGGGGGUAAUGCUGUUCCUAAAGGCGGAGGCAUGUCUGUCUUGGCUGGGUGGCUGGGGAAACCCUGGGCAAGGAGUGCUUUUGGUUUGAUCCUGUCUCAGGUUGGCCAGAGCUGGGCUGUGCUCCUUUCUGAUAUAGAGAAAAGCUUUCUUUGACUGCCAGAGUCCUCCUCUCUCUCCUCCCACACCCCCACAGAUCACCUCAACAGCUACAUUCUGAGCAUUUACUGUGUGCUACAUGCUUCCUCCAGAGAUAGAUAAUUGGUGCAGGGACUUUUUUUUUUUAAUAUCAGCUGAUUAGACCUAAUGGUUUCCAUGGUUGUUCAAACAAAGCCCAGAAAAAGACAUGAAAAUUCUCAGAAAAGCCCUGGGAGACAACACGGCUUCCCCGCUAGAAUGCCGAGCACUCAGCCAUGCCCACCGCUGGGACUCUGCUCUGGAGAGGGAAGACCACAUCUCUCUAAAAGUGCCAGCCUCCCAAAAGGUACUGACCGGAGCCCUCAGAAGAGUUAAGAUUUUUUUUUCCCUCCCUCUGGAAUCAAUGCCACCGUCAUUUAUCAACUGACAGUGCUGUUUGGCGAGCCAUGAGAUUAAAACAAUGAUGAAAUAAUGACAGCAAAUCUGGAAAGAAGAGAGGAGUGGUGCCUGGGGUUCUGAUAUCUUCUACAUCCCAGCACUCAGGGAACUUGGGUCACUGUCUAUCAAGAUGCCUGUUGUCCUGCACCCGGGAAGGGUGAUGUCAAAGGAGAGACGCUGGUCUGAGGGCAGGGAGGAUGAGAACGGGUCCAGAUCCUGGCCAUGGCACUUUCAAAAGGCCUCAGCUGCUUUGACAAAAGCCAAAGGCAGGAAAAGGAAGCUGAACAACAGUCACAGGGCUGCCAUGACAGGCCCAGGGGCCAGCCACUCACAGGACAUGAAAAGAUGCUGCUGGCCCCUCCAUGAAGACGGCGGGGUUGAAAGAAGUGGACACAACAGCCGCGCAAGCGAGGCAGAGAAGAGGCGCGGCUCCCAUCGCCAGGCCGGAGGGAUGGUGUCACCAAGCAGGGGAUCCCCCCAGGGAGAGGCCCAGGGUCACGGGCACAAUUCAUUCUCGGCUCAAGCCUUUUUCCUUUUCCUGCCUCUGAAUUUUCUCAUACAGUGAGGUCAGGAGAGAAAUUUUUCCAAGCCUUAAUUUCACAUCCAUGUAAAGUUGCCCUUCCUUUGGCCUGCAGAGCUCCUAGACAAAGGCCCGUUCUGGUGGCUCAGGGAGGAGCAGAGGGGCCCCAAGGCUAGUGUCCAGGAGGAGAGGGUGCACAAGGGUGUGGGGCACUGGCCAGGGGUCAGAAGUCUAAGGUCUCUGCUGUUUCUGAAACAUGAUCUCCUUCCUAAAGACAUCACUCCUGCUUUUGGCCAGUGUCCCAGAAAAAUCUGUCCUGGCCUCCCCACUGCCAGGCUCCAACCCCCGUUGCCGACAUGCCUGGUCCCCUGCUGUCACUCUAGGUCCUCCUUUCUCCUUUCUGUGAGCCUGGCAAGAGGUCAGAUCAUCCUCUUAGAGGCUAGGGAGGCAUUAGGGGAACAGCAGGUGGCCAUACACAGGGAGCACUGUAGCGGAGGCCUUGCAGCUCUGAGAUCCUGCCUAUGCCAGCAGCACCCUCCGGGCUGGGCCUGGGUGAUGAACUUUCCUCCCCUGUAGCACAAAGCAGGCCCAGGCCCUUCUGGGCCUGAGGACACAUCCGUCUCCUGCUCUCGGCUCUUGCACUAAUGGGGCUUGGACCCAUCUCACACCGGGCUGUCCCUGUCUGCCUGGCCGCAGGCAUCCUCCUGCCAGUGUAAGUUCCAAAGACAGUGGAGACUCAGCUCAGCCAGGGCCCAGGGGCACCCCCUCAUCUUUCCUGGCCUCAGCAUCCCGACAUCUUCCUAGUGUCCUUUCUGAAAGAAAGCCUCCAAAUGUCUGCUGCCCCUGUUCCCCCAAGCCUGGGUUGGGGCCUGAAGCCAGGUCCACUCUGAAACCCCAUCCCUUCCUGGUCCAGCUCCUCCGAACCAGCCGUGUAAUGUAGUGAGAGAGGAUGCGCCAGGGUGUCCAGCCUCCACCUCCUGGAAGCACGGGAGGACACAGGGCCUAGGCCCCACUUCUGUCUAGAAUCUCCCUUCUGGGGGUGGCCAGCCUGACCCUUGCAGCCUCUGACUAGCCAGAGCAACCUCACUGACCUCAGUGUUGAUGAGUGUAUUUUGUGGCAUUUAAGGCAGGUUUAAAGUUUUAAAAAAAAGUCCAUGACACUUCUUUGGUUAAGUGGUUUACCCUUCGUGGUAAUUAGAUGUAGUGAUUGGAAUCUCUUUUCUAUUACAUGGCAAUUUUCCUUUAAAUUUCCCCUUUAAAAAAAAAAAGGAAAGAGAAGGCAAGGAAGGCAAGAGAAGGCAGCAGGGCCAGGCAAGUCAUUUGCAUUUUGCGAAUGAGGCCUCUUGUAAGCUCAGCUCAGGCGUGGGGCCCCACGUAUGGAAUGCUUAAGAGAUUACUAAGAAUAAAAUCUAUUAAUUAGUCAUACUCAA